AGUCGGUCCCAACCUGCAUCACUAUUGUGACUGCUGUGCCUUGCAUUCCGCUGAAUCCAUCUUUUCCCUUGUUCCAUGUUGGUCUUGAUAGUGGACUGUGGACUACUCACUGUGUUUGUAUCCGGCUAUUUGCAGAUUGCAGCCACCUUGAUUAUUGAGCUGGGAACAUCUUCAAGGUUUAAGCCUCUCUAUUUGUAUUCGGUUUUUUGUGUUCUCUUUUGGCAGCUUGGCCACGCAAAGCUUGGAUCUAUCUGUUUCUUUCAGAAAAUCUAUAUGUUGUUUGUCCUUUAUCCGUAGUGAUACUGGAUACUGUUUCUGUUGCCCCUUUUUUUCCCGCCUUUGAUACAUGACUAUGGUCACGAAAUUCUUAAAGCUUGGUCAGUUAAUUCUUUGAGAACUCAUACCUUACUCUUCAUGUAUAACUUGGUGAUUAUUGGUUAUCAAUAGAGAUGCAAAACUAGGAAAGCUUCAAUCUUAGCAGAACAUCUUCCAGAGUUAUUUCAACAGGAACUGGACUGCAGCAGACGUUUUAAAUCCUUUUUCUUGCGAGUUUCCUGCUUGUUCUUUGGAUCUGUAGGCGUUGUUUCAUUCUGCAGGAAGUGAAGGUGACUAAGAUAUUGCUAGUUCACUUGCCCGUAUUUAAUCAAUAAGGAGUCUAAUCUGAGGGGACCUAUCUUCUCAGACCAAUGGCAAUUCUCUGAUUAGAUUUUUCUAAUUGAUGGAUGACAUACACGACAAUCUUUUGAGAUUGACAAGUUUCUUCAAUGAUCGUUUCAUACAAUUCAUUGAGAAUCUUGUACUUAGAGAUUUAGAUAGAUGGAAAGAAGAUUUUGUCAUCAAUCCAGCGGUUAUUUCUUCAGUAUAUUGUACAAAAAGUUACACCAGCAGCUCACCUUCACAGCCUCAAACAGUUAGUCCAAACCAUGAUAUCUAUGAAAGGAGCAUUUUUAAUAGUACCAAUGAUACAGGAUCUGUAAUUUUACAUAACAGUUAUGCUACUAUCAUUGUUCCUUUAUUUCUAAAAGGGUUGACACUUCCAAUAGUCGGUCUAAAAUGUGCUAGUUGUUUAGCAAUUUCUCCGUGGAGAUAUUUUUUCUCAUGCAUUAGAAGAGCUCAAGUUCAAGUUCACAGAUUUAUAUCUCGGGCAUGGAUAACAUUGCGUGGUUCUUCGGAUGAUAUUGGAUGGUUGCAACAAGAUCCCAGCGUGCCUCCAGUGGAGGAUGGUACUGCAAGGUUCUUGGAAUUGCUAUCAGACGUAAGGAAUGGGAAGCACUCACUACCCAACUCUUUUGUUUAUCUCUUGAUUCCAGGCCUCUUCAGCAAUCAUGGACCCUUGUACUUUGUAGCCACUAAGAGAUUCUUUUCAAAGAUGGGUCUUGCCUGCCACAUUGCUAAAGUUCAUAGCGAGGCUUCAGUAGAACACAAUGCUUUGGAACUGAAGCUAUACAUUGAGGAGCUCUCCUGGGGUUCUGGGAAGCGUGUGAUGCUUCUUGGACACAGUAAAGGUGGAGUAGAUGCUGCGGCUGCAUUGUCUCUGUAUUGGUCAGACCUGAAAGACAAAGUUGCUGGUUUGGCAGUGGUGCAGAGUCCUUAUGGUGGAACUCCUGUAGCUUCUGAUAUGCUUCGUGAGGACCAAAUUGGCGACAAAGAAACUCGCAGAAUCAUGGAACUUCUUAUCUGCAAAGUAUUAAGGGGGGACAUGAGGGCUUUAGAGGAUCUCACAUACGAGAGGCGAAAGGACUUCAUCAUGAAACACAAGCUCCCGCUAGAAAUUCCUCUGAUAUCCUUCCAUUCAGAAGCAAGCAUUGCUCCUGGUGUUCUGGCAACAAUGACUCGCAUUGCUCAUGCUGAAGUCCCCUGGCUCACUCUGAAAGACAAUGAGGCUGAAGAUUCUAAUAUUUGCAUUCAAUCCAGACGCCAAGUUCCUGUAGUGAUGCCCCUUUCUGCCGCCAUGGCAGUUUGUGCCCUCCACCUGCAGCUCAGGUAUGGCGAAAAAAGCGACGGCCUAGUCACAUGUCGUGAUGCUGAAGUUCCAGGAUCUGUUGUUGUGAGACCGGAUAGGAAGCUUGACCAUGCCUGGAUGGUGUACUCUUCAAACAGGAGAAAUCCCAGUGAACCUGACGCAAGUGAAAUGUGUGAGGCUUUAUUGACUCUACUUGUAGAGCUUGGUAGGACUAAAGAAAGUAGUGGAGCAAUGUGUGCAGAGAAGAUGAGCUAUUCUUUGGGCUCAAUUCUGACCAUGCGAUGGCCUCCAUUUGGUACUGCUUCCGCCAUUCAUCUGAUAAUUGGGAUACCAACAUGUUACCUUAAGGAAGAGAUUGGCCUUACUUCCUUCGUCAUUGGUAUUUGAUUUGGCCCAAAUAUGUUGUUAGGAUUUAGUAUAUUGUUUCACAUUCUAUCUCUUGAGGGAUCAACCUUUUGUUUGAAGGAAUUGCAAAUGAUUCCUUUGCUCUCUUCAGAAGUGUGUGAAAGAGGACAAAAAGAAGUUUGAAAAGAUGGGAGCCACUUUGACAGUGACAUUCCAAACGUUUUCUUCGGGUCUGAGGACCAUGAGGGAAUGAGACCAUCUUCAUGACAUGGAAAAUGAAGCUCCUACGAAUGCUACAUGUGGUAGAUUUCUCAUUUAAAAUUCCCAGUGAAAUCAUCGUCGGUAUGAAGUCCCAAGAGAAAAAACAAAACACAGGAAGAGAGAGAGAGAGAGCCGCCAUCUCUGGGUGCAUAACAAGUCAUUUUCUCUCAACAGAUCAGCUAGCAUUUUCUAUUGGCAGUUCUCAUAACAAUGACAAGUCAAGAAAGAGAGUGGAAGACCGAGGUACCGUCUGGUUUGGUGGAAACGAAAGGCCUCGAACGGAAGCACGGUGCUCUGACAGCGGGACGGGUUCCAUCUCGGAGAACAUUUCACGUGGAAAAUUGGGAAAAA